CUCCACUUGGAGAGACAAAAAGGGAAUUUAUUAACCAACAACAAUUUCAAAUCACACUCUGUUUUUUUAGGGAGAGAAAUUGUACCCCCAAAUCAUUCUUGACCCCUCAAUUUUUCAUGGGUAUUUAGAGAGAGAGAUACAGAAUAAAAGAGAGAAAGAGAGAGAGAUUUUUUUUAUUCUUCAAUUCAAUCAAAAUGGUUGCUAAAACCCCACCAAAACAAAAGAGAAUGGUAGCAUCAGCAGCAGCAGCCACUCUCAACCCAAUUCAAGUGAGAGAAACACUAAAGAAGGUGGAAAUGUGCAUGAAUAGGCUACAAGAAUUGCAAUUCACAGUAACAGGAGGGAACAAAGUGAUUUCUGGGGUGAGCCUUAGCCCACGUAGUACAAGAACCUAUCUUAAGACAAGCCUCAGAUGUAAACAGGAAUCUGUAAGGAUAAAAAAUGGAGGAGGCAGGAAAUCUCCAGUGGGGAAGUUCCCAGCAAAUGCAGGAGGGGAGUGGAAGAGGAUGUCUUUACCAGCAAUGCUUGUAGGUGAAACCAUUGGGGAAAUACUGACUGCAAGCAAGUUUGCAAGAGAGAUGGUUGAAGCAGUUACCAACAACACCAACAAAAACACAUCAAUGGAUGACCCGAAAACUCCAUUGACGACACGACAAAGAAACCGCAAACCAAACAUAGAAGAUUCAGAAUUAAGAGCAAGAAGGAAAAGAGAGAAGCAAGAGAAGUUUCAAUCAAAACGAACUGAAUCACAUUCUCCAUCACUUCAACGAGUUCGGUCCCGAAUCAACUUCAAGGUUGUUUCACCUCCAACGAAAAGAGAUGUUGUUGAUAAAGAGAAUGCACGGUAUAUGGCUAAUCGAGUGUCACCUAGGAACAGGCCAUGGACGAAAAAGACCAUACUUUUUCCAAAUCCUUUAUUCCUAUCAACAGAUAACUCCUCACAACAACCAAAGUUUUGCAGAACGAAGUCUCCAGUGAUCACAAAAACUAGACAACAAACUCCACAUAAGUUCUUGAUCAAGUCUCCAGUAUCAGCUUCAAAGUUUCAGGUGAAGAUCAAAAGCCCACCGGUAGUGAUCACACGAUCACCAACAAGACCGGUGGUGAUCACACUAUCGCCAACGAGACAGGUAAGCUUGAAUAAGCAGUCUCCAAAGAGAUCCGCUGCCUCCAAGCUGCGUCGGUCGUUUUCACCAUCAAGGCUGGUAGCUUCCAAGCUGAGGCAACCAUUCUCACCUGCAAGACUUACAGCUUCCAAGCUGAGACAAUCAUUUUCACCUUCAAGAUUGGCUGCUAGGUUGGUGUCUCCCCUGAAAAGCAGAAAAAGUGUACAAAAGUAUGAUGGGAACAUUAAUCUGAGUGGAUUGAAACAGAGACCAAUCAACAUACAGAUGAGAAUUUGAAGGGGGGAGGGACAGUUGCUCUAAAUAUGAUUCUUUUGUUUGAUAUUUUCUCAAUGUCUAUAGUGUUUAUUCUCGUGUGUGCGAUUGGUUACUCCAUUCCAUCACAUUGCAUCAGCUUGUGAAAAUCAAUAAAGGAAGCUUCCGGUUCACUUCAAAAACAGAUACUACUAAGUAGUAAAAGUAAAAUCAAACAAAAUGUUGUUUCUCA